AUGCUUCAGAGAUAUGAGCAGCUGAGCAGCCAGAACCAGAAUGGAACAGUGCAGAACGAGCUCAUGGCAACUCACUCUUUGGCCAACACGGUUGAGAACAAUCCAGGACAGAGCAGCCAAGUGCGCGUUUAUUUAGCACGAUACGACUACAAUCCCUACGAUGGACCAAACAAUUGCCCAGAACUUGAGCUUUUUCUUUCAGCAGGCGAGUAUGUCUACGUCUCCGGGAGCGCGGACCAAGACGGUUUCUACUUCGGCGAAACCACAGACGGACGAAGGGGACUCGUUCCUGGCAACUACCUCGAACUCGUGCCAAAUCUAGCCGCUCCUCCUUACCGAACGGCCACAGCAGAAGUCGCUAAUGGAAAAACCAACCUUACCGUGCCACAUACGGACAGUCUGAACAGAGUCGGUACCGGAAUUGAAUCGCCAGUCUCCAAAGCCUUUGAGCUCUUCGAACUUGACGGAAAGGCGAUAGUUCCUUUUCCAAGGCAAAUAAGAGUCGAUAAAAAACUACAGCAUUCAUUGCUCAUCAGUUGGGUUGCUCCGAAACUUUCUGGAGAAGAAAAUGUCAUAGAGUACCGAAUCGACGUUAACGAGCAAUUAAAAACCAUUGUGGAUGGAGAAAAAUCCUCCGCCGUGGUUGAAAACAUCCACGACUCUGGAACGUAUCGUAUUUCUGUUUCAGCUGUUCUCGCUGAAGGCGUCAGCUCUGAUCCAAUUCGCUGCACGUUACUGUAUGGAACGGAUGUAGCAGAACGAGCCGCACCGGUUUUACUCAGAUUGGAAGCCGUCAACUCCUCCAGUUGUGUAAUGUCCUGGCUGCCAGUAAACUCAAAUUUUCGCCACCGAGUUUCUGUCAAUGGAGUGGAGCGCGAAACACUGCCCGCCGGUUUCUACAGGACGCGGCUGACUAAUCUGGAGCCGGACAGGCAAUAUGUGAUGAUGGUGGAGCCGGUCGGCACUGACGUCAACCAGCAAUCAAGCAGCACUUCUUCAGCAGGCGGGCAACUUGCCACGCUCAAGGUUCGCACUCGCCCGCCAGGACCGCCAGACCCGCCACAGAGCCCCGUCAUUGAAGAGGACCAGAUUAACCAGAAAAACGUUCUUAUAAGAUGGUUGCCUGUGACAUUGACAGGGACGUCAAAUGGGACGCCAAUCCGCGGCUAUGCGGUCUAUCAGAAUGGAAAGAUGCUCGAUGAAGUGGUGAAUCCGUCGGGAGACAGGAUCAGUGUCCUCCGCAGCCAGAUCAAGCCCGGAUCAAAGAUUACUGUCAGGACUAUUACUGUCGACGGGGAGAUGAGCAUCGACUCCGGCCUCGCCAAACCCUACUCUGAAUGUGCUUCCGUCACUCCUCCAAACUCCAAGAUGAAUUUGCCAGGAACAAUGGCCGGCGCGUCCCAUCAUCCGAGCUUAAAUCAUCCCGGUGCAACUGCAGCCCAAAGGCUGAUAGCUGACUUUGAAUCUGAAAAUGACGAGUGGCUUAGGCACACGAUCGACAGACACAUUUCUAGAGCCAGUGGGAAUCUUCCUGACGCGCAAAAAGAAAGCUGGAAUAGAAGCUUAGAUCGGCGACGGGCGCACUCGAUGCCACGAAAGGCUCACAUGAACCAGGGCGUCGGUCUAUUAGACGCGUAUCCUGACCACAUCCCCCGAUCGCGAACGCAGCAGCGCGGCCCUACAUCGCGGCCGUUUAUGGGUGCCCCUCCGAUGUACGACUACGAGCUUGAUCCUCGCGAGCAGCCUUCCUAUCUCAAGGAUCAACCAAACGUUUUCGAACGCCUGCGUACUUCUGAGCAGUACUCAGACUACAUCCUUUCCGACUCGGAGCCCUCACUUUCUUCCAUGUCUUCGUGGGGCCGGCGGAGUCCAUCCAGCUCCAAGAGACGCACUCACGCCCACCACAGCAGCAGCAAUCGCCACUCAAAUUCCUUUUCCAUGCAUGAUAUUUCCAAUUCAUAUAACCAGUUCCCAUCGUAUCACCAGCCCCGCGGCCGAAGUCCGACCGAGAAGACGCACCACCGAUCGCGCAAAAAGGAGCUCAACCCGCAGGAAAAACUCCGCCGCCAAAAUAAACCUCGACUGUUUGUCGCGCUUUACGAUUAUGACCCUUUAUCCCAAUCGCCAAAUGAUGAUGCGGUUGAGGUUGAAUUGAGCUUCCGUGUUGGGCAAUUGAUAAAAAUAUUUGGAGAAAAGGAUGAAGAUGGAUUUUUCAAGGGAGCAACGCGGGAUGGCCACAGAGGGCUAGUGCCAUGCAACCACAUUGCCGAAGUAGAUGUGCCAAAUUCAUCAACGAUGGAAUCGCUUUACGAAAAAGGAUUUUUAAACUCGGACUCGGAGAAGAUCUCCACUCGCCAAUCGAAGCCGAAAUUCAAAGCGCCUCGUGGUCAGAGCCAGGGCAGAAAUAAACAAGUCAGUGGCUCGCCUCUUUCCGAGCGCAACAAGAAAAUGAAUCAGGGCAAGAAGGGAAACAACGGCGUGGGGGACAUUUACGUAGCAGUUUAUGAUUACAAUCCAUCUCUGACAAGUCCGAACGUUGACACGCGCGACGAAGAGCUCAAGUUGCAAAAAGGGGAUGUCGUUCGCGUGCUGGGCCCGCUCGAUUACGACGGCUUCUUCUAUGCCGAGGUCAACGGGCGCCGCGGCUUCGUCCCUUCCAAUUUUCUCCAGCUCCAGAACAAGCCCAAAUCAGAAGCGAAAAUGAACAAAUCUGAGAAAAAAUAA